CAUCUGGUUUCUUAUAAUCGUCUCAUUUGCUUCAGUUAGUGUGUACUUUCUUAUUUUUUUGAGUCAAAUUUUCUCGUGAUAAAGUUAUGAAAAACAAUAUUUGGGAUACGCUGCAGGAGGUCGAAGAAGUCAAGGUUUCCUUCAAGCAAACCUUGAGAAACAUCAAUAAUAUCCAAAGCCGAUACAAAAUGGUCUCGGCUUUGAAGAGAAAGGCGGCCAAGCGUCAAGAAUCCUUCGAAGAAGAGAUCCAAGCUGCUAUUACCGAUACCAAAAUCCACAAUCCAAUCAAGAAGAAUAAGAUCAGAUUGGUGAAAAAAAAGCGGGUCAAGAAAAUCAUGAAGAGACCUUUGGUCAAACCUCAAACCAUUUCGUUUUCGGAAAAUGUCCUGGAAAUCGAGCCUGCUUUUGUGUGUCUUCAAACUAAUUGUGUCUACGAAGUACACAAAACAACUACACAUCUGGUGACUCAAAAACCAUUUGGGCCCCUCAUCCAGAGACUCUAUCGAUCAGCAAAUCGAAGGGUUCGGAAGGAGGGAGAUUUGGAGCACGGUCAGGAUCCGAAUCAGAAUCUGGAGGUGUGUCCAGAGUUCGAGAACUACUACUGUUCCUGCUCCUCUUGCUGUGUGGAAUGCAGAUAAAUUAUUUGUAUCAGCUGUUGUCUUGCAUAUUUUUAGGCUUUCGCAAAGCUCCCAAAUUUCUAGCUAAAUUUUGUACAAGCAAUAAAAUUGCUGUUAAUAAAUUAAAGUUGUUCAAAUAACUAGCAAACUUAAUAA